AAUAAUAGUCCGCCAUAUUGCUUGACUGACGCGUAAGUUGUCUCUUUCAGGGGUAGCGUAAGCCGAUUUUAAUUUUAUUAAUGGUUUUUCCUCAUCCUGUGUCGAAUUUAGUUUCGCAAAAUUCUACACCAUCCACAAAUUGAUUAAAGCACCAAGAUGGAGAUUUCUCUGGUGCCGAGUAACUCUCCCAAGAAAAAGCCUAUCAAGACCUACUCUAGAAAUAGUUUGGGCAUUUCUAAAGAAAAGAAGAAAGAAGUAUCUCUACCGCGAGCUCCUUCACCUCCUAAUAUUUCAAUCACUGUCAUCCCUGGAGAAGAUGAAGAGGAAGACAUCGAUGCUCCAACAAUGGAAAACGGGGAAUUGGAGGGUGAGGAAGACAAUGUCGGUGAAAUGGAGGGCGAAAUAGAUGGUGAAAACGAGGGCGAGGAUGAAACCGGAGAUGCAGAAAUGGAAGUUCCGGAAUCUAAUGGUGACCUCACACCACUUGAGCCUGCCAGUGAUCCGCUGCGCGAAACAAGCACCAAGCAAGAACCACCUUUACUGGUCAAUGUUUGUGAUUGUGGGCGAGCAUUUAACACUGUUCCGGGAUUGAAACGUCAUGCAAGAGCAUGUCCCAUUAAAGAACAAAUGAUGUUGGAAGAAAAACGCGCACAGCAAGCUGAAGAAGAUGCUUUUGAUGGUUUGGGAGACCCGAACCCAGAAGACCCUUACAUGCUUCCUUUUGACACAGCGGCCAAUAACCAAACAGAAAUUGACCGAAAACCUUUUAUUGACGGAAAAUGCCACUGCUGUGGAGAAGACAAUGACACUGCUCACCGACAAGGUGAAUUUGAAUGUACUGAUUGCGAAAAAUUCUUCAAGUUGAAAUCCAGUUUGGAGCGACACAGGAGAGUCAUUCAUAACGAGGGUGAAACCUACGCCUGCCCCGAGUGCGAUGCUCGUUGCCCAGACAAGGGUACCCUUGCUCGUCAUAUGUACACUCACACUGGAUUGAAGCCUGUUCAAUGUCCUUGCUGUCACAAAGAGUUCAGUCGCAAGUACCAUUUGAUUCGUCACAACCUACAAACUGGCUGUGACGGAACUGAACGUCCUACAUACCCAUGCCAGGUAUGUGGAAGAACAUUCAAUCGGAAAGAUAACUUGAGAGAACAUCUCCGUGCUCAUGCUGGUCAGACUAAGCGGAAAAAGCGUUACGUUUGUGAGCAUUGUGACAAAGAGUUCUAUGGAACUACCCUCCUUCACAUCCAUCGUAGGACUCACACAGGUGAGCGACCUUAUGUGUGUGACUUCUGUCCGAAACGAUUCCCUUCAAGUGGUGCUAUGAAAAAACACAGGCGCAAGCAUACAGGAGAACGUCCAUAUGAGUGCAAACAAUGCACAGCAAAGUUUGCAGCCAAGGAAACUUUAAAUCGCCACAUGAAAACUCAUUCAAGCAACAAGCCACACGCGUGUCACUUCUGUGGCAAGAGCUUCAUCCAGGCAUCUCAGCUUCGUGCUCAUGUUUUCCACCACACUGGUGAGAAUGGCUUUACCUGCGAUUACUGUGGAAAAGCGUUUAAUCGUAAAUCACGUCUGGACUUGCACGUGAAAUACAUCCACGAAGGUGCUAAACCAUUCGUGUGUGAAGAAACUGACUGUCAGAGAACCUUCGUGCGGAAGGAAGAUCUGGCCCGUCAUCAAGUUCUCCACUCAGGUGUCAAAGCGCACAGAUGUCCUAUCUGCGAUAAAAGCUUUGCUAUGAAGUCAUCAUUGAAAAUUCAUUUGCUCACUCAUACUAAGGAGCCACCACGCUCUUGUGACGAGUGUGGUCGUGCUUUCAUCCGGCAGGAUUGUCUGCUGCGCCACAUGCGAAGCAAGCACCGAGACAUGUUAGAAGAGAUCAUGGCUGAAGCCGAGAAGAAGAAACUUCAGGCUCAGCUCCUGUUCGCCGCCAGCGAGAACCAAGUUGAAAAAGAUCCGCUCGGACCAGCUGCCUUCAAGGAGCCCACAUUGCCAGAAGAGCCCACUCUUGCGGACUCUGUUCGAGAGCUUUUGUACUUGCUGGUUGAUGAAACUACCCUCAAAGCGUUCGGCUGGCCAGACACGCCUGUGGACAGACUCCUUGAAUCUGUUAUCAGACGAUGCGGUCAUGAACCGGUUAUUGACGAAGAUAUUGCAUACACUGACAGGCUUCGCGAAAAUGCUAAACUGUUAUUCACUGUGGUCAUUGAUGACUCAGCCGUCAAACUGUUACUCAACAAUCAAUCAGUGGACGAGGUCAUCCUGCACGUUUUGCGACUAGCCAGCUCAUAAUAAGAAUUAUGUUCUUUUUUCUCCAAUUUCUACCCUAUGGUAACUUGUGUUUUUAUCCAGCCAAUUUUUGGGAAUUAGCCGCCCUUUAGCACAAGUACAGAAGCUUACUUGGACAAAUUGAAGUUUUUUAGAAUUGAAAUCAAACAUCGUUUUGAAUUUUUUAUUUUAUUAUUAUUUUUUUUUUUUUUUCUAUUCAAAAAUCUUGAGUUUAUUACGUUAGGUUACUUUUAUUUUCACUAAUUCAUUUAUAAAGCCUUAAAUUUUUCACCUGUGGUGGGAGUCGCAUGAAACAAAUAAUUUUUCCUCUGCAAGUGUUGGAUUACCUUAUAUAAUGUACAGUAUAUCAAGUGAUUUCCGAUUGUGUUUGUAAAUUUUUUAACUACUUUUCAGUGUUUAUUUUUUUUACAUACUAUCUUGAUGGUUAUUUAGUUUGUUUCUAUUUGGUUGAGAUAUCUCUAUGUUAUGCGGAAAGCAGUUGGAAUAAUGUGUGAUAACAGCAAGGAAAAAGUGUCUUCAAUCAUUGGUAGCUAGCCAACAUUAAUUGGUGGAAAUCUGGAAGUUGUAAUUUUUUAUUUUAAAUGUUAUAUGACUGCACAGCUGAUACCGCUUGAAAAAAGGCUUGAUCCAGUCACUUCUGGAUUAUAACUUUUGCUUAAAAUUCUGAAUUUCUAGUUCUUUUGGCAGAAAAGAUGCCUACAUCUGUGCAAAUUGCGAUGUAUUAAUUUUAGACUUGAGCUACAAAUUAUAGACUGGUUCAUUCCAGUUAAUCUGCUCCUUAACCAUAAUUUUUUGUUUAAGACGUCCUAUCCUCAGUUCUUUAAUUAUCUUGAUGACCCUCAGUGUUUUCCUUGGUAAUUGUUCGUCUUAGGUUGUGGGUAUAAGUGUCCUAUUUGAUGUAUUAAAUUUUGAAAGGAAGUUUUAAAGGUCUAUGGUCUCGCUUUUGUCUAUGUGCAAAAGAUUUCCCUCCCUCAGAGGAUUUCUUUCUCACUUUGUAUUUUAGACCCGCACUACUACACUCAGUUUUCUGCUAGAAACGUUCGAACUAUCUUGUAAGAAAGGUUUCUUAUUGUUUUCAUAGCGGUGUCAGCAAAAUUCUGUAACAGUCCAUCAUUCUCACACUGAGAAUUGAUAUGGUGAACCAGUUGUUUGCAGACUGACUUUUAAAAUGGUUUUUAAAUUAGUUUAUUCCUAGAAGAUAAUUUUUUACAGUAGAAUUAGUCAGGACAUACCACAGUAUCAUUGUUUACUCUAAUUAGCAGGGACCUACUGCUUUAUUUACCUUUUUUUUUCUUACAGCAGAAUUUUCAGCUGUCCUAAUGUAAAUGAAAUGCAAAUAAAACUGAUUACCCAUUUCUGACAAGGAA